AUGGCCCCUCCGAGGAACGUAAGGGAGGUCCAGCAACUCACGGGGAGGAUGGCUGCCCUGAGCAGGUUCCUCUCGCGUUCCGCGGUCAGGGGGCUGCCUUUCUUUCGAAUCCUGAAAAUUCCCAAAGAUUUUCAAUGGACUGAAGAAUGCCAGAAAGCCUUUGCUGACCUCAAAGUAUAUGUGGCCGAACUACCUACCUUGAACGCCCCGGAGCAGGGAGAAAACCUGUUCCUAUACUUGUCUGCCUGCAACGAGGCCGUCAGUGCGAUUUUGGUGCGGGAGGACAGGGGGGCUCAGAAGCCAAUAUACUAUGUCAGCCGAACUUUGCAGAGGCCGGAAACGCGGUACACGCCGGCGGAGAAACUGGUCCUUGCCUUGGUGCACGCGGCCUGUAAGUUCCGACCUUACUUCCAGACCCAUAGCAUCGUCGUCAUAACGGAUCAGCCCCUACGGCAGAUACUUACAAAGCCCGAGGUCUCGGGCAGAAUGACCAAGUGGGUCGUCGAACUAGCUGAGCACGACAUCGGCUAUCAGCCUCGCACCGCUAUCAAGGCUCAGGUCUUGGCAGACUUCCUUGCUGAGGGGGCUAGCUUGACCCUGACCGAGCCAAGCCCUUUGCGUGAGGACAUACGGCCGGAGGAGCCAUGGGUGCUAUUCGUAGACGGGGCCUCGAAUAAGGAAGGAAGCGGAGUCGGAUUGCGGAUAGCCCACCAGAUGGGUAAAAUCGCGAUCAAAGUCUGGAGCGACUCUCAACUCAUCGUCCACCAAGUUCGCGGGGAAUACGAAACCAAGGAGGAUGUCAUGAAGAAAUACCUGGCCAAGCUGGAUGAACUCCAUGGUGUCCUCUGGGCUUACCGCACUACGCCCAGGACGGCCACCCACGAGACCCCGUUUUCUCUGACUUAUGGGGUAGAAGUGGUGGUACCCGCAGAGAUCGGCCUCUCCUCGCCUCGGACACAGAACUUCGUUGCGUCAUCCAACGAGGAAGAGCUGAGGUGUAGCUUGGACAUGCUGGAGGCCAAGCGCGAGGAAGCGGCGAUACGGAUGGCUAAGUAUAAAAGCCAGCUCGCCCACUAUCAUAACGCCAAAGUGAGGAACAUACAGUACCAGCCGGGAGACCUUGUCUUAAGAAAGAACUCGGUCAGCAAAGCUCAUAACUCCAACAAGCUCGACCCCAAUUGGGAGGGACCGUACAAGGUCCUGGAAGCGAGCCGGGUUGGUUACUGCAAGCUCGCGAAAAUGGAUGGAUCAAAGGUACCCCGCACUUGGCACUUCUCGAAUCUGCGGUUGUUCGUGGGAUAG